AUGUCAACUAUGGACACCCUAGUUAAGAAAGGGACGCUAGUGGACAAUAAAUGUGUGUUGUGCUGUAAACAAGGGGAAUCAGCCUCUCAUUUACUGUUUCAUUGCCCAACAGUUGCUGAAAUUUGGAACUACUUCAGAUCUUAUGUUCAUAUGGAUUGGGUAAUGCCAAAUUGCAUAGACUUAAUCAUCAAAGGUUGGAGGGUAAAGAAUCUUUCUACGACAGGUCAAGCUUUAUGGAAAGUUCUGCCAACGGUCAUUACAUGGACUAUUUGGAGGUCUAGGAAUGAUUUAAUCUUCAACGGGAAAUUAUUUGAAGUGCAACAGGUCAUCACCAAAGUGAAAGCACAAUUUUACUAUUGGUGCAAAAAUUUAGAAGCUUUGGAGGGGAUUUCUCUAGAAAAUGUGAAAUCUAGAUGGGGACAAUUUUUUGUAAUUUAG